AGCUUGUUGUCCGCCAGAACCCUCUACAUGAUCUCUGGACUGCGUCAGAGCGCCGUCAGGGCACGUCUGGUCCCCAGGCGGGCGUUCACGUCCUCACGAGUCGCAGCAAACGAAAACAUCGCUACAAGCAGCCAGGACACCGUUUUCGAUGGCAUUGUUGACCGGGAAACUAUCGCCCCAGCUGCAGCCCCGCAGCCUGCAGCACCUCGCCCUACACCUGUGCGGAAACCUCUCCUCGCGACCCCCGAAACGCCCAUCCACAUACCACCGCCGUACGACCCCCUGCUGGAGCUCUUCGCGGGGAUCAUCAACUGGAAGGGGGAGAAGCAGCGCGCGCGGAAGAUCAUGUCCGAGACCCUCGUCAACAUCCACAUGCUCACGCGCGCCCCGCCGCUGCCCAUCCUGCGCAAGGCGGUCGAGUACGUCACCCCGGCCGUGCGCAACGUCGUGAUCUCGUACACGGCGAAGAAGGUCAUCUUCCCGCAGCCGCUCUCGGAGAAGCAGCGGACGCACCGGGCGAUAAAGUGGAUCCUGGAGGCGAGCAAGACGCGGCCGGGGUACAAGCUGCAGGAGCGCCUGGCGCGCGAGAUGAUUGCGAUUGUUGAGGGUGCGGGGAAGGAGAACAUGAAGGAGUUGAGCCCGGCAUACAGGAUGAAGGAGGAGGUGCACAGGGUGGCUGCUCUGAACAGGUGCGUGUGUUGCUGGUCUCCGCUGACGCUGGUUGUCUGAUGCUCUUGCAGAGGAAAUGCACUUCGGAAUCGAAACUUGUUCUGAAGUCUCCCCCCUCCGUCACUGCAUCGCAUGCUCUACUUCGUAGUA